AUGCAAAAAUAAAGUUAAAUACCACUAACUUACUUAUAGAGUGAUGGGGAUACAUUUCCAGUUCCAGAUACUAUAGAUAUUGAAAUUGGAAUAUUAUUAACAUCACCAUAAACAACAAUAAUAUCAGAAAGAAAGAAAUCAUUUCAAAAUCAAUUUAGAUUAAAAAGAUGUCGCUAAAUUUUAGAAUUUACAGAAUAACUUUAUAUCUGGAAUUCGUAUCUUUCCAGAAAAUUUUCUAAAUCCUCAUUCCAACUUGAAUGA